AUGUUCCGCUCAAAAACCCCGACAAACGCUGCCCAGACCAGCUCCAGACGCUCACAAUCAAACUCACCGCCACCACCACCACCACCACCACCACCACAACCACAACCAAAGCGUACACCACCACCAAACCCACAUAGCGAUCCCCCACCAAGACCAGCUUAUCAGCCAAAUCGAAGACCUCCAAGUCUCAAUCGAUCUAGAAUGACGGUGGCAAGGACCAUUCCUACUUCACCAACGACACUUUCCGGUCUGGCCAAUGUCGCAAAUAUCGAAGGAUCCGACUCUGAGGAUACUAUCCCUCCUACAUCACAACCAAGUGACGACCCUCAUUCCGAAUCAAUCCCUCAUGUCAACGGGGACAUCACCCGACCGGUCCACUUCUACACCCCACCGAGAUAUGGCUCUCCACCCCGUUUUAUAGUCGCCCACUCGAAUGGCACGGGAAUCAAAAACUUCGGCACCGUCCCAAUCAAAGUCACAAUCCGUGACAUGCGAAACAAAGAGCACCGUUUCUACCUGGGCCUCCACUCCUUCAAACCCCUCCGCCACCUCCCCCCGUUACCAUACCCACUCGAUCUACAAGAUCCAGAGAUAGCCAACUUAGUUGCCACCACAACCACGGAGAUAAUCACUCGUCACGUCCCUUCCCCGACCAAAAUCUCGAUCUUUUCGACCGACCUUCUAAAGGCAAAUAACCCCAUCGGUCUACCAUCUCCACAGAUCUCCCACCCUUUACAAAUUUCACAAACCCCCUCGUCGGCUUUACUCCUCGCGAGCCACCAUUUACCACCAACAAUCGCCUCCCAGAUCUCAUCUGGAAAACUUUCAAUGCGUAUCAUAAACAUCUACCGUCCCAUUCUCGCCACUUCACAAAAAUUGAUGGACCACCCGUUUUAUAUCUCAGAGUCGCAUUCAAUCCUAGACGAAGACCUUGUCCCCAUCGAGCAUGUCUAUUCGGAUCACGUGGGUGCUGCCUAUGCGGUUAAACAUGAUGAGGGCCAGAGGUUUUGGUACUGGAGUGAUAUGGAGAAUACCGAAGGAUUUAUAGUACAAGUUUAUGAUAGUUUGUUCGGAUGUGACGUUUAUGGUGAGGAGAGGAGUAUUAGAGCUGCUACGGGUUUCUUUAAAUUAAUGCCUAAGGGGUCAGAGGAAGGUUGGGAAGCUGAGUGGCUAGUUGUUAAAGCUUUGGUCGUUGGUUGA